CUCCAUAAGCUCAACCCUCUCCACGCGCUCUCACCAGCAACGCACCAAGGCGUUGACCUCAGAGCUUUAAUUCCCCAACCCCCACCACCUCCCAUCGCAGACUCGCAGAAGCAUCCAAACAAACAAGAGAAGAAGUCGAUCGAGAGCAGCACCGGCAGCCGCGGAAGGGAGGCCAAGAGACGACCGAGCGGCGGCAGCAUGGACCGGAACAUGACGGGGCUCCUGCUCGGGUGCGUGGGCGCCGCCAUGACGGUGCUGGCGUACCAGCAGACGGUGGUGUCCAGCACGCAGUGCAUCGGCGCCGGCCUCGCCGUCCUCGUCUGCGCUCUCUGCAUCAAGGAAGGCUUCUUCUCCUUCUGAUGCCCGCCGCCCGUGUAGCGCACAGCUUUUGCCGGUUUCAGUUUCCAUAUUCCUUUGUAGCUCCUCCUGGUUGGAUCAUCUGAUCCGCAUAUGAUUGCUGCAGAUCGAAGUGGUUGUAUCUUGUAUUCUGUAAUUUCCUCCCUUUUCUUAUACAUACAUAGUAGUUUUUUGUC